AUGUGGGGACCGCAAGCCCCGGGAACGAGCGCGCGAGCGGCGGGUCCCGGCGGCACUCACCGAGCCUGGGCGCCGGGGCGGCGGCGGCCGGUGCGCUGCCUUCUCGCGGGGUCCCCUCCCUUGGCCACCCGGGCUCCGCUCCAGCCUAGCAGGGGCGGCGGCACUGACAGCUGCGUGGCCGCCCUGGAGGGGAGGGGGUGCUUGCUACCCACGACUGGCGGACGCACUGGCCGCGACGGCUCCUGCAGGGGGCGCGGCGGCUCGCGCGUGCGCAGUCGGUCGCCCCUGCAGGUGCCCGGUCCACCCCCGGCCGCCUCGGCCGCUCCGGCCAGCCCAACCCCGCGCCUGCGCAGUGCCUUGUGCAUGUCGUCCGUGCCCGGCAGAGGGCGCGCUGGCUUGCGCGUGCGUAGUCGGCCACCUUGCGGGUACGCGGCUCGCACCUGGCCACUUGGCAGCCCGCGCCUGCGCACUGCCUGCGCCAGCGCCUAUGUCCGGCAGGGGGCGCGUAGCGGCGGUAGCCGAGCGGGCGGGGGCGGCGGCCUCUCAGGAAUGACGGCGCACGUGCGUUUCCGAACGGUGAAGGGCUUCACAUCCGGAAAUUCGACUUUGGCGGUUUUUCCAUUUCCCCUUACGCACUGUCUUAUCUUGGGCUCUCGUCAUUCGUGGCACCGAGGGAAGCGCUUCUUCGCCUCUGGCCAGGCGCUGCGGCUCGACAGAAGGCGAGAAGGUAGCGAGGAACCUUCUGGAAUUCAGCCGUCGGGACCAGCGUCGAGUUUGCAGGAGAAGGCAGGGUGUCACGGGAUGAGCGGAGUCACCCUCAGUUAAGGAGCGAGGGAGGCCUCGCGGGUCCUCAGCCGGUGGUGAGCCCUCCUCUUCAGCUAUAAAGAUGGCAGUGUUCAGAAAGUUAAAACUUCUUCUCUGGAAGAAUUUCGUCUUAAAGGUGGGUAUGGUUAUCUGUGGGAAGAUGUAAGUCCUUGGGAAGGAUUGAAUGUUUAAUUGGUUUAUAAUAAUGGGUUAAAGAACAAUUAAGAACUUUGCAUGUAAAAGGGCCCUUUUCUGCAAAUGAGUCAUGUAAUUAUUUAAGAUGACAUCAUUGUUACUGAUUUUUGGCCAUUGGUGUUACAGAAAAGCUAAAAGGAGAUGUUUCAAGCAAUUCUUAUUCUGUGUCUUUCUUUUUCAUGUGUUGUGCAGGGAGGUUGGAAGAAAUUAAAGUGUUCUAAAUGAAAGAGGGUUUAUCACAUAGCGACUUACACUCGUGUUCUGUUUUGGGUUAACAUUUAGUUUUUGUUUUUAUUUUAGAAACAGAAGACUCUGGUAGCAAUUCUUGAAAUCUUGAUGCCAUUGCUAUUUUCUGCAGUUGUAUUGUAUCUUCGUUUUCAUAGUACUCCAAUGAAAAGACCUUCUAGUAGCUACCAUCCAAUUGAUGUCAGUACAUUGCCAGAAUUCUUCCAUUAUUUUUCUCUGAAAAAGAGAUUUCAACUAGCUUAUAUCCCUUCCAGGAGUGAAACUUUGAAGGCUAUUGUCGAAAUGGUGGGACAGACCUUUGAGUUUGAAGGUUAGACAUAAAGAUGGGUAAGGAUUGGGAGGAUAUUUUUAUAAAGUACAGUUUGAAGUUUUUCCCUGAGAGUUCUUACAGUAGUGAUUUUAAAUCUGAGAUCUGCAGAUUCUAAAGACCCUAUGAGGUGGUAGCUAUGGAAAAGCUGUCCAUGAGAUAUUUUUAUUAUUUCAAACAACAUGUAGAGUCUUGUCUAUAUAUGUGAGAAGACUUCAAGGCUAAUUGAAAUGUUAAGUAUUUGUUUUUGAUGGAGGGAUUCAAGAUGGCCAAUUAGGAGCAACUCAGGAUUGCAGCUCCCAGCGAGAGCGCAGAGGGUGAGUGGACACCACAUUUCCAGAUGGAUUUUUAUUGCCCACAGACCAGGAGAUUCCCGGGUGGAGGAGUCCCACGGGUCACCAGUGCAGCUCUUUUGGCCAGCACGGCAGGUCUCUGCACAAAAUACACAAGUGCAGGUGCCAUUUUAACUGGCAAUUGGAGC